AUGGGGUACCAGCCCAACCUGCAUGACUACUUGGUGUUUCCCCNCAAGGGAAUGGUACUCGUGCAUUUCUUCAAUCAGAAGUCGAAGCGGUUUAAGAACAAGGGGAUCAUGCGGUUUCUUCCGGAAGAAGUGUCGCAUAUUCUCUUUAAGAUUUUCCGGUUUGCGUUCCCCAUUUACCGAUUCACUCCCGACGACAUGGGGUACCAGCCCAACCUGCAUGACUACUUGGUGUUUCCCCAGAAUAGGACUUGGGUCCCCAGUUGUCUCAAGGAGAUGUGGCUGCGUUAUUUUGGCAUCGAGGAUGCGUCGCUCCAGAACUUCCGACACAUUAUGAGUGCCCUCUUUUGCAUGUUGAAGCUCAACGUGGCCGAGUUUGCUGAUGUUGGUGAUGACAUUGAUAAUGAGGACUACGACGGUGACAACGACCCGCUUGCGGCGGACGUUGACCUUCUCACUUUGUUCCGUGAUCAAUUUGGACACACGGGUCAAACUGCCAACGAGUUUUACGGGGCAGGGGCUUAUACCAUCUCCACUUUGAGUGAAAUCGAGAUAGCCGUUCGCCACAAAACCUGUGUGAAGAUACAGCGGUUGAUGGGGUUUGCCCCGCCCGAAAAGCAGUAUUCGACGGCUGGUGCUAUUCGGUUGGGAGAAUUGGAACAAGCCAACGCCGUGAUGAACGCCGACUACGACAAAUUGUUUCUGGAGCACUUCCCCGCCUACCGUAACACCCAGAAGUUGCUUAUCGAAGCCACCACGAAAAAGUCUACCACCAGGUCCAUUGUGCUCGGCAUUGUACCCACUGGUGGUGGCAAGACUGCGUCGUUUUGCAUUCCCGCGAGCUGGAUUUCGGCCAAUGUCACAAUCGUCCUAGUCCCCACGGUGGCGCUUGAAAUCUCCAUGGUUGACGACAUUAAUCGGACGUACACACACGUCAACGCCUACAGAUACCGCGACUUUCAAGGGCUGGUGCCCGCCUUGGGAGCCAGGACGAUUCUUGUGAUGACCUAUGAGCUGUUCCACGGCGCAACGAACAAAUUAAAGAAACUUACAGUCCUGCGGUUGGUGGUCGAUGAAGCACAUUACAUCCAGCAGACCAGUGCCGACUUCCGUCCCACUGUCAAGAGUGCCUUGCAGCUGG